AUGGCAACAUAUGACUCAUUUGUAGAAAAAUAAAAACAAAGUAAUUUUAGAUAGAUUAGACGAAUUAUUCCUGUAAAAUAUUUCAUAAUUUUUGUUCGGAAUAAUUCAAUACGAAGGAAGUUAUCCAAAGUCAUCGUUUUAAUAUAAAAAAGUUAUUAUAAAUUUCUAAUGCCAGUCAAGGUAUUGCAGAGCAUGUCGUUGAACGAAGAAGUUAAUCCUGUUAACGGAGUGCAAAACCCAAUCCUCAUUGCAAACUCAAUUUCUGCAAGUGAAGCGAAUAGUGAUGAGCGGGAUACUACGGAAGAGCCUCAAGCAACGAGAGAAUUAACCCAAACCGAUCGUAUAAAUAAACACCUUCUGAAAUCAUUUCUUGACCGCAUAAAUGCUACUGGUCAAAUUAUGGAACAGUUCUCUACGAAUUCGUCCCAAACAUCGACUGGGAACGCCAAUGAUGAUUUUGAGGAGCAGACGUUCAUUGGCACUCAAAUUUUGUAGUGUUCCGCAUUGAUUAGGUUCAUCAUAAAAACGAAUCUCAAUUUUACGAAAGCUUUUUUCUGGUGUAAAGUAAAUAAAUGUAUUAUAAGAGUACUUCAUUAAAAAAUUUUACACGUAAA